GGUGGGGUAGGUAGAGAUGGAACAAGCUGCAGGGUUGGAUCCUUCCCUCCAGAGGAUUACCCAUCCCUGGGAGAUUCCUUUCUUUCUUUCUUUCUUAUGUUGUGUUUUGCCCAGCAGCCCAGCUUCCAUCCAUAGCAACUUGGCUGUUUCCUAUUCUUCUGCCUACAAGGACCUCUGCAGAGACCUGCUAAGCUCAUGGAUCAAAGAUCCAAGUGUCAUCAAUCCUUGCUAAUUGCCUGCACUGGGAUGUGAAUGAGAGAGGCCAGGAUAUGUGCUUGGGAGUCUCCACAGUGCUUCCCAGAGACCCCUCUUCCCAUCCUGUGGCAGGUGUAGGCCCAGUUUCCCUAACUCUGACCCAUGCUUUGCAGGCUCUGCACAAAGUCAUGCCAGAGCUCCUGGAUGCCAUGCCAAGGAACCUGCUGGCAGAGUCCCCAGACGCAGACAGGCUCCACUACAUCUUGGAAGUGAGCACCAUAAGGAAGGGUGGGAACCAAUUUUACUGUAACUCUUUGGGGUCAGGUAAGGAGAGACUGGAAGAUCCAUUUUCUACUCUGUCCUCCUAGCUGGGUCCCCAGUGGGGCGUCCUUAUUGGGGAGGUCAGUGCAAUGCAGUGUCAGGUCCUGCUUUCUUGAGGGACAGAGGAAGGAACUGGGUCUUCAAGCCAGAGCUCUGCCUGGUUGUGUUAAGCACUAACCACAGGGCUCCUGGUUGUUUUGGGGAGUGAGAGUCUGAAAACCUACCCUUCCCAGGCCCCGCCCCUCUCCGCCAACACACACACCCCCCAUGAGAUUCCGGAGAUGGUUGGCAGAGAAGAGGCACAUGCUCCUUCCUAGAGAAAUAGGAGGACCUCAGGGAAUCAGCCCUUCUCUCGGUUAUGCUCUGAAAUUCUUGUGGGGAUUGUGCUCUCACUGACUCCCUACAUGCCAGCAAGGAUUUUAGUAGCAGGGAAGGGAGAGGGUUCAGUCUCCUUUCUGGUGAACUGUUCAGGAAUCAGGAGUUCUGGGAGGAUGGGACCAACCCCAACACCGAACCUUGUCCCAAUUGAGAGAGACCCUGAAAAAUUGUGACCUGCAGGAUACAAGCUGCAUCCUGGUGGAAAGAAUUCCCUUCUAAAGCUCUGUGAUCAAUGACUCAGCUAUUCCCCCCUGCGCAUAAUGUCUCAGGCCCCUGGGGCUUGGGGUGGGGCUCAUUUGCAAAGCACCACCUGCCCACUGAGCCUGACCUGCCUCCUUUUCCCACAGCAUGUCAACCUCUGGAUGGUGGCCAGGGUGUCCCAGGAGACAGCCAGGGCCAUUAGGAGCAGCACGGCCCUGCUCAGAUAUGCAGUCACCCUCCCUGAGUUUGACAUCUCAGCAGAGUUCCCUAGGAUGGGUCACCACGUGGCCCAGCUGGCUCUGUUUGUCAGUGACCCAGACAAGGACAUCAGCCGGCAGGCCAGGGAGGGGACUUACCGGCUGUACCAGCUGCUGCUCCAACAGAGGGGGCUGACCAUACACGAGGCAGAAGAUUUGUAGUGCCACGACUGG